CCCUUCACUGUCACUCAGUGCGCAUUGCUUUGUGCGGCAGGUGGAGUCGGUUAAGUUUCGACGCCAGUCCUCCCUGUCACAGUCGACCUGAAAAGAUGAGAUAUUAUUAUGUCGUUCCUGGUGGACUCAGUCAUCAUGUUCACCUCACAGGUGCUGUUCUUUGGAUUUGGCUGGUUAUUCUUUAUGCGGCAGCUGUUCAAAGACUAUGAGGUGCGACAGUAUGUCGUUCAGGUGGUUUUUUCUGUCACCUUUGCUUUUUCAUGUACCAUGUUUGAGCUCAUCAUCUUUGAGAUUCUGGGUGCCUUAAGUAGUAGUUCCCGGUAUUUCCACUGGAAACUGAAUCUGUACGUGAUACUGCUGGUUCUAAUCUUUGUGGUGCCUUUCUACAUUGGUUACUUUGUUGUCAGCAACAUACGCCUGCUCCAGAGACAGAGGCUUCUUUUUGCCUGUAUGGUGUGGUUCACCUUCAUGUAUUUCUUCUGGAAGUUGGGAGACCCAUUUCCCAUCCUCAGUCCAAAACAUGGCAUCCUGUCCAUUGAGCAGCUCAUCAGUCGUGUUGGUGUGAUUGGAGUAACUCUCAUGGCUCUGCUGUCUGGGUUUGGUGCUGUUAACUGUCCCUACACGUACAUGUCCUAUUUCCUCAGAAAUGUAACAGACAGUGAUAUCCUUGCUCUGGAGAGACGGCUGCUCCAAACUAUGGACAUGAUUGUGAGCAAGAAGAAACGAAUUGCCAUGACGCGGAGGCAGAUGUACCAGCGUGGGGAAGAUCAGAACAAACAGACAGGAUUUUGGGGCAUGAUCAAGAGUGUUACCUCCACCCAGACAGGCAGUGAAAACCUCUCUCUGAUCCAGCAGGAAGUCGAUGCUCUGGAGGAGCUGAGUCGACAGCUUUUUCUGGAGACUGUGGACCUGCAAGCCACCAAGGAGCGAAUUGAAUAUUCAAAGACAUUCCAGGGGAAAUACUUCAACUUCCUCGGCUACUUCUUCUCCAUCUAUUGUGUUUGGAAAAUCUUCAUGGCCACUAUAAACAUUGUGUUUGACCGAGUAGGGAAGACGGAUCCAGUGACGAGGGGUAUUGAAAUUACAGUGAACUACUUGGGUAUCCAGUUUGAUGUCAAGUUUUGGUCUCAACACAUCUCUUUCAUCUUGGUAGGAAUAAUAAUCGUUACAUCCAUACGUGGCUUACUCAUCACACUUACUAAGUUCUUCUAUGCAAUAUCAAGCAGCAAGUCUUCCAAUGUCAUCGUGCUUGUCCUCGCUCAGAUCAUGGGGAUGUAUUUUGUAUCAUCUGUACUGCUGAUGCGCAUGAGCAUGCCACUGGAGUAUCGCUCCAUUGUGACUGAAGUUCUGGGAGAGCUACAAUUCAAUUUCUACCACCGCUGGUUCGACGUCAUCUUCCUGGUCAGCGCCCUGUCCAGCAUCCUCUUUCUUUAUCUCGCCCACAAGCAGGCACCAGAGAAACACAUGGCCCUCUGAUCCCCAACAGUGCAUCUCGUUUCUCUUAAAUACAACAUUUUUUUAUAGGAUGUAAUAUCUGGAUUGCCUAUUCCUGAAUCAGGAAUGGCUGAUUGUUGGAUACAAGUAAUGGGGAACUACUAGAGCACAUCAUGGAAAGGCUUUUGAAAGUGUGAUCUCUUAAAUUUAAAAUAAUUUUCAGAACAACACUUCUACUAGGAAUUUAAUUUUACCUGCAAAUUAAACACUUCAUUCUCUGUGCUCUUAAA